AUGGGACGUCACGCACACUGGCGUCGUGUCGGGAUUGGAAUGUAACAGAGUAACAAUCGGAACAACUGAGCAAUAGGUGAUUGGGCUCGCGGAUCAAGGAACUCCGCUGAUUUUAUUUGUUAAGGAAACCUCCUGUGAAACGCGCACACUGUCCUCGUGUUUUCGCCAAAAAGGGAAACGCCGCUUUCCAGAGCCGGUGUCCCGAUGAAGAGGAAAUCCACUUCUUGCGUGUGUGAAGGUCCAUGGAGAGCGCAGGAAUAAGAGAAAUGCAGGGAUUCGUAAGGUUACCGUCGUUCCGGUGAACUGCCCCGUCUAUUUUAUUGUUUCGGAGCUGAAUGGAGUUACUCUGCGAGCGGCGGGCUUUAGUUUAGUCUGGACGUGAGGUUCAGAAACGCCACAGCAUCGGAGAGAAACCUCGGUCGUUGUAUUAUUAACGACUUUCCAUCUUUUCCAGUGGGACCCGCUGCUCUCCAAAGACAAACUCCAUGAGUCAGUGCCGCCGCAACUCUCCAGUGCGAGUCGGACCGUGCGACGCAUUUAUCUAGCGAGUGUCCGGUCAACAAACGCUGCGUUUUUAUCACUCCGCCGGGGGAAAACUAAGUGAGCGAGUGCGCAUACCUGAUUGUGUGUUUAUAAUGAUCUUAACAGGUACGGUUACUGUUACGGCUGCCCUGUGAAAUGUUGCCACCAGACAGACGAGGGAGAGCGAGGAGCCCGAUGUAAAAUCGCCCACAUGCGCUGGAUCAAUCGCUUGCUGUUCGGUGAUCGGAAUCUGAAGAGGGAAGACGUGAGUUGUAAAUCCUCGCAGGCUGGAAGAUGGCGGAGCAGUACUAUAGCUGGAGGAGGUGGUGGUGUUGAGAGACAAACUUCCAACCGCUCGAGAUUUAUUUGCAAACACCGCGAUCUGGCCUUCAGGACACAUGCAGGCCAAAAAACGAUAUCUGAUCUCGCUCUUGACUGGCGCCUUUCUAGUUCUGCUCUUUUACUUUGGAGGAGGGGUCCCGGGUCCGGCGGCCACGGGGUCUAGGAGCCGGCAUGGAUAUAAUCGUCCCGAGCAGCCGUGGCCACACUUCUCGGAUCCCUUACAACACUUAAGCCCGUGGGACCAUUCGGACACGGAGGAAUAUAACGUGCACAUAUCGCCCAGGCAGAAGAGAGACGUUAACUCGAGCGUUUACAAGGGCAAGAGGUGCCGCAUGCAAUCAUGCUUCGAUUUCUCCUUAUGCCAGAGGAACGGAUUCAAAGUGUACGUGUACCCGCAGCAGAAGGGCGAGAAGAUCUCGGAAAGUUACCAGAACAUUUUAUCCACCAUCGAGGGCUCUAGGUUUUACACUUCUGACCCCGGUCAAGCGUGCCUGUUCGUCCUGAGCUUGGACACUCUUGACCGCGACCAGUUAUCGCCACAGUACGUGCACAAUCUCAAAACCAAGGUGCAGAGCUUGCCUCUGUGGAACAAUGGUAGAAAUCACCUCAUAUUUAAUUUGUAUUCGGGCACAUGGCCUGACUACACGGAAGACUUGGGCUUUGACAUCGGUCAGGCUAUGCUGGCCAAAGCCAGCAUCAGCACGGAGAACUUCAGACCCAACUUUGACGUAUCCAUCCCCUUGUUCUCCAAGGAGCACCCAAGGACCGGUGGGGACAGGGGGUACUUGAAAUACAACACCAUUCCACCUUUUAGAAAGUAUAUGUUGGUAUUUAAGGGGAAACGCUAUUUGACCGGCAUCGGCUCGGACACGAGGAAUGCCUUAUAUCACGUUCAUAACGCGGAGGAUGUAGUUCUCCUCACCACCUGCAAACACGGCAAAGACUGGCAGAAACACAAGGACGCGCGAUGUGACAAGGACAACGCCGAGUAUGACAAGUACGACUAUCGUGAAAUGCUGCACAAUUCCACCUUCUGCUUGGUUCCGCGCGGACGACGGCUGGGAUCCUUUCGCUUCCUGGAGGCUCUGCAGGCGGCCUGUGUGCCAGUCAUGCUGAGUAACGGUUGGGAACUCCCCUUCUCGGAGGUCAUCGACUGGAACACGGCUGCUGUGAUCGGGGACGAGAGGCUCCUACUGCAGAUCCCGUCUACGGUGCGCUCCAUUCAUCAGGAUAAGAUUCUGGCUCUGCGACAGCAAACGCAGUUCUUGUGGGAGGCCUACUUCUCGUCCGUGGAGAAGAUUGUGCUCACCACUCUAGAAAUCAUACAGGACCGAGUGCUUCAGCAGACCUCCAGGAGCGAUCUGAUGUGGAACAGUCAUCCCGGUGGGCUUUUUACACUGCCCCAGUACUCAUCCUACCUGGGCGACUUCCCUUUCUUCUACGCCAAACUUGGGAUCAAGCCGAAUCCCAAGUUCACUGCUGUUAUUCAUGCAGUCACACCCCUGGUUUCUCAGUCUCAGCCUAUUCUCAAGCUGCUCGUCUCAGUGGCAAGAUCCCAGUACUGUGCUCAGAUUAUUGUAUUGUGGAAUUGUGACAAGCCUUUACCUGCCAAGCAUCGAUGGCCGGCCACUUCAGUGCCCAUUAUUGUAAUUGAAGGAGAGAACAAGGUCAUGAGCAGUCGGUUUCAGCCGUAUGACAGUAUCAUCAGCGAUGCAGUGUUAAGUUUGGAUGAGGACACUGUGUUGUCAACCACUGAGGUGGACUUUGCCUUCACGGUGUGGCAGAGCUUCCCUGAGAGAAUUGUGGGAUAUCCUGCCCGCAGUCAUUUCUGGGACAAUAAUAAGGAGCGCUGGGGUUACACCUCUAAAUGGACCAAUGACUAUUCCAUGGUUCUCACUGGAGCUGCCAUUUACCACAGAUAUUACCACUUCCUGUAUACCCACUUCCUGCCAAAUAGCCUAAAGAGCAUGGUGGACCAGCUGGCCAACUGUGAGGACAUCCUCAUGAACUUCCUAGUGUCCGCUGUCACCAAGCUGCCGCCCAUCAAGGUCACGCAAAAAAAGCAGUACAAGGAAACCAUGAUGGGUCAGUCAUCUCGAGCCUCGCGCUGGGCGGACCCGGACCACUUUGCCCAGCGCCAGACCUGCAUGAACAAGUUCGCCAGCUGGUUUGGCGGCAUGCCACUGGUCCACUCCCAAAUGAGACUGGACCCUGUUUUGUUCAAGGACCAGGUCUCCAUCCUCCGCAAGAAAUACAGGGAGAUCGAGCGGCUCUGACCAGACCGGCGCCCCUUGUCGGACAUUCAACAGGGGGCUGCCAGAGACUCUCCAGAGCAGAGGAGGACCAUAGCGGAAGAGCCCACGGCUCACUUUUCCCUUCAGCACACAAGCAAAGAACAAAGACAGCAGGAUGUGACGGCCUCUGUGGACCUUCAGACACAAAUGACACACUUUUAACUCUUCGGAAGAUUUAGUUUGCUUUCAAGGUUGGUAACGAACGCCACAGGAAAAACUCAUUUUUCCCAGCACACGAGCGAGUCGUUGGACGACAGGAGGGACGCAUCAUCGUGUUAGCACUUCAUCACCACGCCGCAUCUGGAUCCAUCCAUCCUCCCGCCACUUCUUUCCGAGGCCUCGAGCUGUGGUUGUGUACGAUUGAGCUCGUAUGGUUUUAUUUCCAAGUUUUUGAGGUAUUAGGGUUUUUUUACUUUUCAAAAGGCUUCAUAAUCAUUUAGUGACAGUGCAGGUGAAAAGUUCACAGACGUGGAAGAAAUAUAACAUUGCAUUCGAGACGCCGAUCCCUUUUAUUACCACCCUGCAGUAUUUUAUUUCUCUUAUUUUUAAAAACGGUGCCAAGACUAAUGAGUUGCCUUAAGUGGCUUGUCAAACCCUCCCCACCUAUUUAAUUCAUGCAAAUCCACCUUAAAGUGUAUUAAAAAAAAAUUAAUUAGAACUCCCUAAAUCCUCACAUUAUUAAACAGCCCGAAAAAUGUUUGUCAUAGUCAAAGAGAAAAAUUAGCAUGGAAACAAAGGCAGAGCUUACAGUGCAGGAACGCCAUCUGUUUAGGUGCGAAAACUUUCGUAGGCAUCAGCGCAUGACAGGUUGCAUCGUAAGGACUUACGGCCGUAAUUUAAGUGAGACGUCUCUCACCUCUAUUAUCUUCCCUGUCGCUGUGAAAAAUGAGCUGUCCGUCAAAGUUCAAUGGCGCUGCCUCGUGCCAUCCUAUUUUAAACGCGACUCCUUCGCAUAGAAAAAUGGACACCCAGCUAAUUUAUGACAAGUGUAUGCUUCCUUUACAUCCUUUCUGGCUGAUUUCAUAUCAAGGGAACGGUUCUCGAGACAUCGUGUUGUUUCUCUGUUUUCCAGAGUCGGAGCGGAGCGUGUUUUCAGCCUCCGCUCACAGGUACUUGAAUGUCUGAUGACUUGAAGGAGUGCCGUGCUUUAGUGGCCUUUUGUGAAGGUGACUGGACUUAAAAUGUGCCAGCUGUGAGCCAAAGCCUUUUUUCCUUUUCAUGCUUUUUCACACAAUGCAUCACACAAUUCGGUCGGUGCAGUGAUGUGACAUACACUACAUGUUUGUUUUCCCCUCUAUGUGGUCCACGCUGAAAUUUAAACACAUAUCUGACACUGAAUGUUGUUUAGGAUCCUUCACUUGUUGUGUGUUGUAUAUUAAUAAGCUAUUUGACAUUGAAUCAUGACUUAAAUGCAAAAAUUUAGAGCGCUCAUGUGAUUCAACAGACAUGGCCUGAAUGGCCUAAAAUGCGUUUAGGUGCUUGGAUCUUGUUAUACAAGUAUGUGGAUUAAUUUCAAGUCCCUGAAAGCUAAAAUUAGUGAUUAAUGUCUUUGUCAUCCUUUUUAUGUUUUAACACAAAUGGCCCACAUCUGGUUAAGUUUUAAGUUCAGCAAACCAUUUGAAAUUUUAUAUCCAGCAUUUAUAUCUGAUUGUCAUAUCACGGAAUUACCGUCUGGCCUCGCACAAUUUCAUCGGCCGAAUCGUGAGACGCUUCAAACACAAUGUACAUAAUCGUUGUUCAUACAGAAUUAUAUAUAGGGGUAGAUGUGUGCAUCAAAUGUCUGUUUUGAUUACUAUGUGCAUCCCAUCCUGUCACUAUGCCCUUGCCAACACUGUCAUCAGGGCUUGUGAUUCGCCCAGCAUCGUCCAGAUCUGCCCAAGGCCCUUGUCAGUGCAGAGCAUGUGUACAGACGACACAUUGAUAGGUGUUUGCAUUGACGCCAGUGUUAUUUUAAUUACCCAGCUUAACGUGACAAAGCCAUUCAUUUGAAAUUGGCCUGCUGAAUGCUGCUGCUACCACUACACACUUGCAAGAUCACCAAAGAAUCUUGGCAAAUUUAAGAAACUCAUGCAAUUGUAUUAUGUUGUUGUUCUUUCUCAGUUUCUGUACUCAUUUCUCAUUCCGUCAACUGGUAAAAUAAGCAUCUGAUUUAUCUUACAUUAUGUUCUGUGAUUAGCAAUAAGCGAUAUGGAGUCAUGCUCAAAAAUAUCACUGAUCGCUCCCUGAUUGUGCCUUUUGAUUCAGUCGAAUUGAGUUUGACCCCCGCUGUCACACGGGACUUCAAAUCUUUCAAAUAAAGUUGCAUCAUCUGCUGACACUAAAGCUUCACAGCAUCUGUUGAACACUCGACUCAAUCACGUUAGGCUGUUAACCAGACUUGCAUGACCACUUUAGACUAUUUAUGAGUAAAUACUGAUUUGUUUUUGGGUUAUUUUGGUUCAGAUCUGUUUGUUUUGCUCCCUCCUGUCCUGACCCUUCAUCCCAGUAAUUAACAGAUGACUUUUUAUAGAGGUAAUAAAGAAAUUGCAAAAUGCCAAUUUUGUAUGAAUGAUUUAUAAGAAAAUGAAUAAAGUCAUAUUUGAUGCUAUAA